AAUGCACAUUUAAGUGGAUUGAAUACAUCGCUUUGAGAAGGGUAUGCGUUACCUACACCUUUCGCAAUUCACGCUGACCACCUUUGAGUGAUGAUACAAAUAACCGUUGUCGUUCUCGGCGUACAAUUAGUUUUAGGGGCUUCUCUUCAGCAACGAGCGCAAACAUGUGUCACAGCAGAGUGUUUCACAGCAUCUUUUUAUAUUGGCCGGGGUUUGGAUGAAAGUGUAAAUCCAUGCGACCACUUCUACAAUUUUACAUGCGGUAAUAUACUCGCAGAACCGCUUCCGCCCGGUCAGAUACUAUGGAAUGAGCUGCAGGACAAUCGCCAAGCACUAAUGCAGAAAGUAUACGUUCUUCUUAUGGAAAAUUCGCUCAGCGCGCCAAAUUAUCCAUCAAAGUCGGCCGAAUUGGUGGAUAAUUUAUUUAACGCCUGUAUAAACAAUUUCAAAAUUGAUAAACCAAUUAUAGACAGCAUGAAAAAGUUUCUUGAACAGUUCGGUGGAUGGAUAGCAGUUAAAAAAGCGUGCAACCUCAACUGGAGGGAGAUUUCUUAUAAGCUUCGGUCGUUUGGUAUUUACUCAAAAACGUUUCUUCCGGUUUCUAUUCAAUACAAUUUGUAUGACAAAACCAAGUACGCUGUAUCGAUUGGCGCACCCAGUGUAGUUGCACCUACGUCCGUUCUGCUAAAUGGCAUUAAUGAUCAAACUGUGCAGCGAUACAAAAUGAACAUCGUGGAAUUGGCGAUGGGAAUGGGAGCUACAAAUAUGACUUAUACCGAACAGGAAGCAACAAAGAUUGUUGAAUUAGAAAUCAGAUUGGCAAGUUUAACAACGCCCGGUACCACGUACGAAAAGAAAACUAUUAGGGAGCUUCAAAAACAAUAUAGAAGCAUCUGUUGGAAAACGUAUAUCACAAAUAUGCUCGAUAUAGAAAUCCUGAAGGAUAAGCCCUUGAGAUACACAGAUGUUGCGAUUGUUUUCCAAUCUGACUACCUUGAUCGAAUGUUCGAGAUCCUCAAAAGCACGCCACGCAGUACAUUAGCUUCAUACGUGGAAUAUCGAGCCAUUGCUGAAAUGCUAGACAUUGUUGGUAUAAACAUCUAUAGGGGCGCUGCUCAGACGGCAAUAAGUGCUUGCAUUCCCCUAGUAAUGCAAAGUUUGCCAGUUGCGUUGUCGGCUUUAUACGUGAAAAAGUAUCUGACUCCGGAACUGAAACAAAGUUUAACGCCCUUAGUGGAUAACACAAAAAGCGGACUUGUUGAGGAAGUUGACAAUAGUCCAUGGGUGGAUAACGAGACGCGAACAAAUGUUAAAGAAAAAAUAUCAGCAAUGUACGAAUUAAUUGGAUAUCCUGACGAACUGCUCGACAACGCUAAAGUAGAUGACUAUUAUAAAUCUGUCCAGAAAAGUGACAAUUAUCUUGAGUUUUAUCUGAACAUCUCAAGAUUUACUGAUAACGACACAUUUGCGAAACUAAGGGAGGUGCCGAACAGAACCGAUUGGAGCACCCAUUCCUCAGUCAUUGACUCUAACGCAUUUUACAAUCCAUUUGAAAAUAGCAUACAAAUUUUGGCAGGAAUUAUCACCCUUCCAUUUUACGAUCCAAAUCGACCUAACUAUGUUAAUUAUGGUACAAUGGGAUCGAUCAUUGCUCAUGAAAUAAAUCAUGGAGUUAGUGGGUUAGGGCUAGAUUAUGAUAAAGAUGGGCUCCUAGCUACGAUUGCUACAACGGAAGCGGUUGCAAAAUUGAACGAGGCGCGUCUAUGCAUUAAAACGCAAUACGCGGCGAUGAGUGGUAGCGAGGAAAGCGCUGCACUAACUAACAACGAAGAUCAGGCAGAUACUGUUGGUGUUUUAGCUGCGUACAACGCAUAUCAGAUAUGGGCGCGACAGUUUGGACCAGACGAUAGUCUACCAAACUAUGAGAAAUACACAGCAAAUCAAAUGUUUUGGAUAUCAUACGGACGUUUAUGGUGCGCGAAGGAGUCAAGUUUUUAUCUAAGCAACAUUGCUCCAUUCGCAGAUCACUCUCGUUACAUUUUUCGCGUAUUGGGGCCUUUAAUGAAUUCUGAUGAAUUUUCGAGAGACUUCAACUGUCCAUCCGGUUCAUACAUGAACCCAGUCAAGAAGUGUAGAAUUUGGAAAUGAAUUAUAAUUAACCCAUAUUAAAAUAAGCACUUGUAUGUACAUGAUGUCUAUAAAUACAAUAACACUUACA